GUGACUUGGGCGGCUGGCCUAAGUAGGGUGGCCGAGCCAGGAUUCGGGUUUGGGAGCCCUGCAGACCUGCGGGCAUGCUCUAGCGCCCGCGAUGAUGAAUACCCGCAUGGGGGCGGCAUCUAGACUGCCCCUAUAUGGGUGUGAGAGUGCAACAGAAUGGAAUUCGGCAUUGUUCCUAUAUAACUUCCCGGAAACAUCUCUAUGUUGAUAAAAAUACAAAGGUUAUUUGCCAGGGUUUCACCGGUAAGCAGGGCACCUUUCAUAGCCAGCAGGCAUUGGAAUAUGGCACCCAGCUAGUUGGGGGAACCACUCCAGGGAAAGGCGGCAAGACACAUCUGGGCUUACCAGUCUUUAACACCGUGAAGGAGGCCAGAGAACAGACAGGAGCAACAGCUUCUGUCAUUUAUGUUCCUCCUCCUUUUGCGGCUGCUGCCAUCAAUGAAGCUGUUGAGGCGGAAAUGCCCUUGGUCGUGUGCAUUACUGAAGGUAUCCCACAGCAGGACAUGGUGCGGGUCAAGCACAAACUGCUGCGCCAGGGAAAGACCAGGCUGAUCGGGCCCAACUGCCCUGGAGUCAUCAAUCCUGGAGAAUGCAAAAUUGGCAUCAUGCCUGGCCAUAUUCACAAGAAAGGAAGAGUUGGUAUCGUAUCCAGGUCUGGGACCCUGACUUACGAAGCAGUUCACCAAACAACACAAGUUGGACUGGGGCAAUCUUUGUGCGUCGGCAUUGGAGGUGAUCCUUUUAAUGGCACCGAUUUUAUUGACUGCCUUGAAAUCUUUCUGAAUGAUCCAGCCACAGAAGGCAUCAUAUUGAUUGGUGAAAUUGGCGGUAAUGCAGAAGAAAAUGCUGCAGAAUUUUUGAAACAACAUAAUUCAGGUCCCAAGGCUAAGCCUGUGGUGUCCUUCAUUGCUGGUUUAACCGCUCCUCCCGGCAGGAGAAUGGGUCAUGCAGGGGCAAUUAUUGCUGGAGGAAAAGGUGGAGCCAAAGAGAAGAUCUCUGCCCUUCAGAGCGCAGGAGUUGUGGUCAGCAUGUCCCCUGCACAGCUGGGAACCACCAUCUAUAAGGAAUUUGAAAAAAGGAAGAUGCUAUGAAAGAAAAAACAAGAAGUUCCCUAAACCUAUGGAGUGAAUCACCAUGAAAAUGUGCACCAGUGGCUGUUUGCUUCUGUUGUCCCCUGAUUGUCAACCUGUGCGCCUGUCACUGGUCUGUCAGUAUAUCAGGAAGCCCGAGCAAGGUUCAGAAUGUCCUAGAUUGAGAUGUUUCCAUCGCAUCGUAUCACAGACAGCCAAUAAAAGUACCAUAUGAUUUGA